CUUGCCGAAAUCAAGAUGUCUAGUCAAUCAACAUUCUUCCCCCACCCUUCGGGGACCGCACCCGAGAACCAUGGCAGCCUUCCGGCAGCAGUCGUCCCUGCUGUCAUCCCUGCUGUCGUGGUUGCAGCAUCGGUGCUGCUUUUUUUUUCUGCGGCUCAGACUUUUGGACAAGCAGCUCCAAGCCGAGCCGUUCAGCAAGUGGCGGGGCAGGCAGCAGAGAGACUCGGCCUGGCCAUCCCUGCCAGCUGCCGUCCCUGCUGCGGAAUCCAGCUUCGAGAGUCAACUUUGUAUCAUCUGUCUGGAUGCGAUACAAGAUAUGACUCUGAUUAGAGCUCUAACAUGUCAGCAUAUUUACCACAAGGCGUGUUUUGACAAGUAGUUCGAGCGGGAUCAUAACGUGUGUCCUCUAUGCCAGAGAAGAGUACUGUACGAUAAAGCCCCCGAAGUCACCGUUUAGCAGGACUAGCAUAAGAAAUCCUUGUAACGUACAAUAUAGUUGCGCUGUUAUGUGUGAGGAAUGAAUUUUGGGG